AUGGCUACUGGUAUGAAUGAUUUCUUCAUUUUGACAACCGGUAUGUUAUUUUCAGGGACUUGUUUCGAUUAAAAAAAAACCAUGUUUACAAGGGAACCUUUUUACUCAACACUUCAAAUCAUUAUGAAAUUUGGUCCAUGGACAGCUUUUGGGACCAUAAGAACACCCUAAAAAUUUCAGUCUCCCAAUCGACCUCUGAGCCAAGUUCUGGGCUCUCAAAAACUCAAAAAAGACCUAAAAAUGGUCAUAAAAGUCAUCAUAGCUCCAUUUCAAAUUUUUUUUGGGAGAAAUGAAGUUUUAGAUAUUGAUCAGCAUAGUCGAUUACCUAAAAGUACAUCAAUAAAAAAACUUUAUUUCGAAAAAUUUUGAAGUUUUUUAUUUUUCGGCUGAAAAUUCGAUUUAUUGAUGCUUUUUGGGUAAAUCGACCAAGCUGAUCAUCAUCUGCUACUCGGUUUUUCAUAAAAAUGAUCGAACAUUGAGUUAUGAUGUGUUUUAUGAGCCAAUUUUGGCAAUUUUUGAACUUUUGAGAGCCCAGAACUUGGCUCAGAGGUCCAUUGGGAGACUAAUAUUUUUAGGGUGUUCUUAUGACCCUAAAAGCUGUCUAUGGACAAAAUUUCAUCAAGAUUUGAAGUGUUGUGUAAAAAAUGAUCCCUUGUCAGUGGAAAAGGUUAAUUCAGGUUCAAACUUUUCUGAAAAAUCUUUCGGAUUUCUAAAUGAACAUUUUCAAGCUAGUUUUCAGCUCCCAAAGUCUUAAUUUUCGUAAAUUUACAUAAUCUGCCACAUUAUUAAUUUCUUGUCAAAAUACAUAUUUUUUCAGUAUCGUCCAAAAUCAACAUCAACCAACUUCACUUGAACAUGAAUGGAAUUCGUCUAAUUUUAAAUACAAUUUUCGUUUUUGAUCAUUUUUUUGUUAUCAAUAAACUAUGUAUGUAAAACAUGUUCGCUUAUUGUUGAAAACGCCUAGGAGCAGCUAUAAAUAAACGCAAAGGCGCAAACUGCCUCAUUAAAUCGGCAUGUUCCCGCCGCGCUAACGGCGGGUACCGCCUGUGUAGGCGGGUUUGCCGCAGGAAAAAGGCAUUUUACGGCUGGUCAAUCAUUUGCUUGCCUGAAACCAACGGCCGAAUCAGCCUUGAACGCGCCGCAGUUUUCGCCUCAACCUUUCCGAGGUUCUAAAUGUUUUCUUCAAAAAAUCCAAGAUUUUGAGAAUUCUCAAGAUUCCUGCUAACUAAUUUCCAAAUGAUGAAAAACUACUCACCAAAGUCGACAUUCAAGAACCGGAUAACUUUCUCUUUGUUUUUUUUAAAAACAAAAUCAUAGUACAACCUCCUAGCUAAACUCAUCGCCUCAAACCGAAAAACAAAUCAAAUAUGUUCACAUAAUUACAUAAUCCCUCCAUCCGGUCAAAAUGAGACCAGUGUUCCAAAAAAUUAAUUGUUUGCAUCAAUCAACUCUCCCUUUUUCCCCUUCUCGUACUUUGUAUUUUCUUUGCUCACAACAUUUUUUAUUCCGAUUUCAACGAAACUUUCACAUAUUUUCCACAUUUCAUCUCAUUUCAUUCGAUUCCAUGAAAAUCAUAAAAAAGUUUCAACCAGCAGAUGUUUGUUGUUUUUAUUUGGUUCAAUCUCUUUCUUUCUUGACGAUGAGCUUAUGUAGAAAAUAGGGAGUCGUAAUUAUUAUGAGCACAAAAUAAUUAUUUUUGGCAACAUCUGCCUGUUCCUUGAGAGUUUUGAGGUAACCUUUUGUUAUUUUUCUCUUGACAUCAGCAAAAUGAAACUGGACACCGUUUCAGAGUAAUCUUAGCCUAGACAUGUUUCAUUGUCACGAUUCGUGUGGGUGUUCAACUAACUUAUAGUUAUGGUUUUGUGGUUCUUUGAUUUUUCUUACGUUCAGAAUCAGAACACAAGUCUAUUUCGUCUUUAAUUGAAACCCAAGUUUUUUUCGUAGAAUAAUACAUCAUAACUUUCUGUUUGUCAAGCUCAAAUUUUAAAAUUAGAUUUCUCUCGUCUUAUCUUUUCAAAAUUUAUUCUCCUAUGAAUAUUUUUUUGUAUUACAGAUACCAAAAUGCGUUUAUUAUAUCCAAUUUUCGUAUUCACGAUUACCCUUUUCUAUUCUACAUUUGCCUCCGAAUUAACAAGAUGUUGUGCUGGUGGAACACGACAUUUCAAAAAUAGUGGAACUUGUUCGAGCAUCAAGAGUGAAGGAACAAGUAUGACGUGUCAAAGGUAACUUUCCACAGCAGCAAAAUUGAAAAUGUAUCUCUAAAAAUAUAUUUUUUAGAUCAGCCUCAAUUUGUUGUCUCCGAUCCCUAUUAGAUUCUGCGUGUGAUGAUGGAGCAAAUCUGGCGAGAGACGAAGAAAGUUGCCCAGCCAGUAUAAAUGUUUUGGCUGGAGGAAUCAAGAAAGAAUGUUGCGAUUGUUGUAUGCUUGCACAAGACCUACUCAGCCGAAAUGAGCCGUGUGUUGCUCCAAUCGGUUUUUCGGCUGCUUGUCUUCGUAGUUUCAAUAAAUGCUGUAAUGGUGAUAUAGAAAUAACACAGGCCACUAAUCUUGUUGAAGAUCAAAACGAGGCAACAAUGAUACAUUUGGGAAGUGAUCGAUGCUCUCCAGUUUCUUGCGAACAUCUUUGUCAUGAUCGCGGAGGCGAUACAGUCGAAUGCAGUUGUCGAGCUGGUUACGAUUUGGCCCCAGAUGGUUAUGGAUGCGUUGGUAGGUUUUUUUUCAAAAUGAAUUAUUUUACCCUCGCUUUUUUCCAACCCUCCUCCAGAUCGCAACGAAUGUCUUUCCUCUUUGAAACCUUGUCUUCCCUCUGAAGAAUGUCACAAUACCCGCGGUUCCUAUUAUUGUCAACGUAGAAUUACUCGGCUUAUCUCUUCCCCCAGUCUCCGAACAAAUCGUGUAAAUAGAUAUCGCAUGAGAGACGAUCCGAACAGCCGAACCUAUUCUAAUCAACUUCGAGAAGCUCAAGGACAUCCAGAAACCACUUGCCCGUAUGGUUGGACCUUCCAGAACAAUCACUGUGUUGGUAAGUUGAAUUUAUCCUAUUUAUUGAUUUGAAUUUAACCUUUUCUAACCAAAGAGUGCUCAAUCCUAACCCAUCCCUGUACACUUUCCCCAAAUCAACAUUGCAUACCACACAACAAUUAUGGCGAAGGAAUUUGUGUUUGUAACCAAGGCUUUUAUUGGAGCACUGUCAAUCAUUUGUGUGAAGGUUUCAUCUAAUCAUUUUUUUGUUGAAAAAUUUCUAGUUUGAUUGAGUGAGUGUUUAGAUAUCGAUGAGUGUGCUACAAUGAUGGAUGAUUGUAUCGAGGGUCAAAGAUGUUUGAAUAUCCCAGGAAGUUUCAAAUGUAUUCGAACAUUAUCGUGUGGAACUGGAUAUGCUAUGGAUUCCGCGACUGAACAGUGUAAAGGUGUGUGCCGUGUUUCUCUAGAACUAAUCAUAAUUUUCUUGCACAAAUCUAUAACAAAAUCCCAUUAACAUUCUUAUAAGUUAUAGACGUUGAUGAAUGUAACUUGGGUGCUCACGAUUGCGGAGUUCUUUACCAAUGCCGAAACACACAAGGAAGUUAUCGAUGUGAUCCGAAAAAAUGUGGAGACGGUGAAUUACAGAAUCCACAAACAGGAGAAUGCACAUCAAUUACUUGUCCACAUGGAUAUUAUCCAAAAAAUGGAAUGUGUAAUGAUAUUGAUGAAUGUUCACUUGGCGAUAAAUGUAGUCCAACGGAGGAAUGUGUCAAUACUCCUGGAUCUUAUCGUUGUCAACAAAAAGGAAAUCUGUGCACUUAUGGUUAUGAAGUGAAUGAAGCAACUGGUUUCUGUGAAGAUAUCAACGAGUGUAAUCAAGGUGUUUGUGGUUCAAUGGAGUGUAGCAAUCUACCAGGAACUUAUAAAUGUAAAUGUUUGAGUGGAUACGAAUUUAACGAUGCCAAAAAGAAAUGUGAAGAUAUCGAUGAAUGUAAGAAAUUUGCUGGACAUGUUUGUGAUCUAUCAGCAGAAUGUAUCAACACGGUAAUUUUUUUCGACAAUAUUUUCUCUCGUAUAAAAUUGUUUUCUUUCUUUAGAUCGGAUCAUUUGAGUGUAAAUGCAAAGAAGGUUUCCAACUUGCUCCAGAUGGUCGAAGAUGCGAAGAUGUCAAUGAAUGCCUGACUGGAAUUGCUAGAUGUGAACAGAAAUGUGUAAAUAUUCCAGGAAGUUAUCAAUGUAUUUGUGAUAGGUAUGUUUUAUUUCGAUUCAGAAACUAAUUUUCCUUCCUAAUUUGUAAAUUUCAGAGGUUUUGCACUGAGUCACGAUGGAGCUCGAUGUGAGGAUAUUGAUGAGUGCUCAAUCUGGGCUGGAAGUGGAAAUGAUCUAUGUAUGGGUGGUUGUAUCAACACAAAAGGAUCAUAUCUUUGUCAAUGUCCAGCUGGUUAUAAAAUCCAAGCUGAUGGGCGAACUUGUGUUGAUGUGGAUGAAUGUGAACUUGGAGAAUGUUCAGGUGAUGACAAGAUCUGUGUGAAUACUCUUGGAUCAUUCAAAUGCCAUUCAAUUGAUUGCCCUCUGAAUUAUGUUCACGAUUCGCACAACAAAAAGUGAGUUUUCUGAAUUCUUCUUUUAAGAACUUUGUUUUGAAUGAAAGCUACUAACAUUUGUGAAUAUUUUUCUAACAGUCGAUGUAAUCGUCAACCAAGUGCAUGUGGUUUGCCUGAAGAAUGUAGCAAGGUUCCAAUGUUCAUCACUUGGCAAUUUAUCUCGUUAGCUCGGGCGGUUCCAAUUAGCGCACACCGUCCAGCUAUAACCUUAUUCAAAGUUUCUGCUCCAAAUCAUGCGGACACCGAAGUUGCAUUUGAGCUCCAACUCAAACAAGCAAGCGUUGGUAUGUUGCUUUCAACAAAGUUUGAGUUUUUAAGUGUUGUGGAAUGAUUAAUUUUUCAGACGUAUCAACUGUGAUGCCAGCGAUUCGUUCAAAUUUCCUCCUUCAAAAAGGAGACAAACGGAAUAGCGCUGUUGUAACUUUACGAGAUAGUCUCGAUGGUCCUCAAACCGUAAAACUUCAACUAAUCCUUCGAUUAUCUAAAAAAGGCAAGAGCUAUAAUACGUAUGCGGCGAAUUUGGUGGUCGAUGUGGCCGCUCAUAAACGACACAACACUGUACAUCCGCCAUUAUCGAAAAAGAAACGACAUACUCGCGAAAAACGUCAUUUUUGGUUGACGUCGAAUUAAAACCGCGUGCCUGCAUGUUUUGCUGUGAUUUAUGAUCUCAUUUUUAUAAUUUAAUAUAUUUUAAUUGUUUGGAAACUAAUAAACAUAUUUUUUGCUAACCUGAAAAUGCUACGUUUCAUUCUAAUACCAAAGAAAAAUGCGUUCAAAAUUGUACGAUUCCUAAAUCGUUUGUUUUUUCACAAAACAAACAAUUUUGCAGUCUAAUCGACGAUGGCUAUAGUUGCAUAAAAGUUUGCGCUAAAGACGAUGGUGAAUGUCUUGGAAAUCACACGAAAGAAGUGUUAUAUCAGUUCCGAGCAGUACCAUCGUUAAAAACAAUAAGACAUCCAGUAGAAGUUUCGAGAAUAGCAACCCAUAUGGGUGUACCGUUUUCAGUUGAUUAUUAUUUGGAUCCAAAAAGUCGGCGACACUUCAAAAUUGAACAAGAGAGGAAUAUUGGUAAGAUUAAAUCCAAGCUUGCUCAGAUUAAAGUUGAUUCUUUUUUAGGUAUUGUUCAAUUAAUAAAACCGAUUCGUGGUCCAACAGUUGAAACAGUCAAAGUUAAUAUUCACACAAAAUCAAAAACUGGUGUAAUUUUAGCGUUUAAUGAGGCAAUUAUCGAAGUAUCCGUAUCAAAAUAUCACUUCUAA